AUGUUGUCCCACAAGGCACAAAAGAUCAAGCAUUUCCACACAAAUAGACAGAAACAAGACCAUCCUAUCCUGCAAUAACUAUGUGUGAAAAGGGGCAAGAAGAUCAGGUGCAGCACUAGAAGGAGACCUUGGAGAAGGACCAAGGUGGGACAGUAG